AUGGCAUCCGACGAUAAAUACAUGGACUUCCUUAACAAGGCAAAUGCCGAUACCAACGCCGGCCAAGAACCAGAGCAAGGGAUCAAGACCCAGGCCGUGGAUACCACCCUCAAAUGCCCAGCUUCUCUCAAAAAGAUCAAAGUAGAUUAUGUCUCAGAGGCAGAUGAACCCUUCGAACCUGUUUUGUUACGAUGGAAGGGUGCUUCCGAGGGUAAAUGGCCUAGCGCUGAUGAUCUGUCCUCCCUGAUCUCGCCCGAUGCCGAUAUCUCGUCGAAUAUCUCGACCCUUGAGACAUCCUCGUUUGAUCCCCGGAAUCAGUACAAGGAGGUCCUGCAGGCGGUGCGCUCUGCGACUGCUGAGAGUGAUCCUGCCAAGGUGGAUAUCAAGGUUUAUAGUGUUCAGUUGACUAGUACGACGCUGGAGUACUAUGUGCUGGCGUUAGAUUCGGCUGAGGAUGGUCGGAUUAUUGGGUUACGGGCUAAGAGUGUUGAGUCAUGA